UGGAUUAAAACUUAAAUAUAUAAUUUGGUUUAUUUUCUAAUUAUAGUUAUUAUCUAGUUAUUAGAUAAUUAUUUUCAGAAAGUAAUGGGAAAAUUAUUGUCAGAAGUUUCUGAGACAAGAAGCAAUAUUAAAAAGAAAGAGCAGAGUUUACCUACUAAGUUGGUCAUACGUCGUCUUCCUUCGACUCUCACUGAAGAGGAACUUAAAGCAAAGUUGACUUUUCCACCUCAUGAUUAUUUUUUCUUUACUGGACCAAAUUACAGUUUUGGCAAUGAUGGAUUUACUCGAGCAUAUGUCAAUUUUAUUGAAUACAAUGAUGUACUUGAUUUUCGAAACAAGUUUGAUGGAUAUAUAUUUUAUGAUAAUUUAGGAAAUGAAUUUAGUGCAGUAAUUGAAUAUGCACCUUGUCAGCAAAUACCUCGAACAAAACAAAAAAUUGAUCAAAAGAUAAACACAUUUGAUAAAGAUCCUGAAUACUUACAGUUUUUGGAAAAUCUUGGAAAACAAGUUGAGCUUCUUCCCAGUGCUGAAAAAUAUAUAGAAGAAUUACAGGCAUUGACAAUUGCCGACAAAAAGAGAGAAAAGACACGCACUCCAUUAACUGAUUACUUAAAAGAAAAAAGAGAUAGUCGUAUUGCUGCAAGACAAUUAGCUAUAGCUCAACGCGAGAAGGAAAGAAAGCAGAGAUUAGAAGAAAAAGAAAAGCGUAGAGAGAGAGAAAAAGAACGUAAAAGUAAACAAGAAAAAGAAAAACUUGAUAGAAAAAAUUUAGAGAAAGAAAAAAGUGAAAAAAAAGAAUAUAAAAAGGAUAAAGUCAAAGAUGGAGAUGACAAAAAAGUGAAUGAUGAUGCAAAAGUUAAUGAUGCAUUAAAAGUUGAGAAUAAAGUUGCAGAACAAUUUAAAUCCUCAGAACAAUUUAAAACAGAUAUAAAUCGAUCUUCCAAAUCUUAUGAAAGUAAAAAGCGAUAUCCUGAGCGCAAUGAUAAAUAUCGUGAAAAAGAUGAUAGACAAAGUCGGUCUUAUCGAAAUGAUGGACAAGAUAAAUAUAACAAUGAUCAGUAUGAAAAUCGCAAAAAUCGACACUCUCGUGAUAAGGAAUCAAAUCUAGAAGAUGUUUCCAAAGAGCGAAAUAUUUCUAAAGAAUGUGAAAAAGUUGAAAAAACUAAAGAAGUUGCUGAAACACCAGAUGCAACAAGAGUCAAAAAGUUGCAACAAGAACAAGAUAAAGUUGAAGAAAAUGAAUCAAAUGAUAAAGCUCCUGUAGUACCAACUGAAGAAUCUAAAAAAGAAGCAUCUAGUUCAGUGAAAUCUGCAAAAAAGCCUCGACCUGAAAUAAAAAUUUAUCGUCCACCAUCUGAUCGAUCAGCACCAGCUAAAAGUGAAAAAAAAGAUACUGAUAAUGUUAAAGGAGAGAAGGUAAAAUCUAUCCGUGAAAAAACACGCGAUAACUCGCGAUCUACUCGUUACGACAAAUAUGAUAAGUCGCAAGGUGAAAUUAGAAAGAAAGCCGAACGUUCCACCGAAAACGAGAACCGUUCGUCUAGAGAUAAUAAAUGCGACAAUUCGACUUCUCAUGACAGAACCGCAGAAAAAAUACUUGAAAAGAUUAAGUCUGAUGUUAACAAAAGUUAUGACAAAAUAUCUGAUAAGGAAGAAAAAACUCCGAAAAAAACAAAUGCUGAAAUUGAACGAGAUAAAGAAUUGGAACAAGAAAGAUAUCGUAUGAACUGGUUAGUUAAACAAUGAUUGUACUAAAAAGAAAAGUUUUUAGUUUUGUUUUAAAAAGAAUCGUUUAAAAGUAAUUUAUUAUAAACCUUUUGAAGCGAAUUUAAGCCUAAUUUAUAUAUUGUGCAUGUAUAUUUAAAAUAUAAUUUUUCAUUUCAUAA